AUGGCGACUGCUCGCAUCGCCGUGCUGACGGCGGUGUUUUCGCGGAAGCUGAGCGCGCAGGUGGACAAGGCGGUGCCGUGCGACGUGCGCGACGCGCUGCUCGUCGACGCGCGCGUCCAUGAGCAGGCAGCGCCGGACGACGCUGCCGCGUGCUCAUCGCGAGCGCUGCACGUGAGCUCCAAAGCGGUGGCUCACCCUCGCGUGGUUCUGCCGCGGCCGUCGUCGUCCCUUGUGGCGGUCUGCAAGACGGACUCUCGCGCCAUAGUGGCCACUCUUGGAACUCCCGCCGCCGGCGGCAUGCGCGAGGCGCACCACGCCUUGCCGGCGAAUGGAGCCGCUCACUUACCUCCCCCCAACGGCGUCGCGCCUCUCUCGCACGAUUCAAGCGGCGCGUCGAGCAGGUUAGAUCAGCGCGCGCGGUGGACGAAGCGGAAGAGCCGGCAGACGCCGCGGCAGGCGGCGUGGACGGCGGAGCAGGUGCGCGAGAGGGAGCGGCGGAUCGUGGAGGAGGUGGCGCGCGUGCCGGAGGGGCGGAGCGUGGCGACCGUGCUGGACGCGUGGGCGGGGCGCGCGACGCGCGUGGAGAUGUCGAGCGUCGUGAAGGAGCUCGGCGCGCAGCGCAAGGCGCGGCGGUCGCUGGAGGUGUUCGAGUGGAUGGACGCGCAGCGCGGGCGAAUGCGGCCCAACGGGCACACGUACACGCUCAUGCUCGGCAUCCUCGGCAGGGCGGGCAUGGUGGAGGAGGCGGAGGUGCUGUUCGCGCGGUUCCGCGCGGUGGCGUUCCGCGACAAGGUGCACGGCUUCAACGCCAUGCUGCACGCCUGGCUCUCGCACGGCCACCCGCAACGCGCCUGGACGCUCUUCCACCUCAUGCAGCAGCAGCAGCAGCAGCAGCAGCAGCAGCAGCAGCAGCAGCAGCAGCAGCAGCAGCAACAAGAAUUGGCCGCCAAUGGCGCUGCCAGCGCGUCCGUCCCCACCGCCGGUCCCCUCGACUCCUCACCCCGCAAGUCCCCCACCCACGUCGCGUCAGAUGCGUCCCCGCCUCCCGUCCCUCCCACUUCCCACUCGUCCUCUGUCCCAUCCGCCGCCCGCGCCACCCCCGACCACUCGUCGCAGCCGUCGCAAGCGCCUGCUGCGCGCAGCGACGGCCGCGGCGACGGCGACGGCGAUGGGGCCGGUGCGGCGAGCUGGGGUCCGCCGCCGGCGCCAGACGCGGUGACGUACAACACGAUGCUGAGCGCGGGGCUGGCGGGCGCUGGCACGGCGGGCAGGGGGAGGGCCAAGGGGCGGGGAAGAGGCAAAGGCGCAGGCAGCAGGGAAGGAGGGGCCAGCAGCGGCGGUCGGCAGGCGCUGGCGCUGUAUGGCGAGAUGAAGGCGAGCGGCGUGCGGCCCACGGCGCGCACGUUCAACAUCCUCGUGGCGCUGCUCGGCCACCAUGGCCUCGUCGCCCAGGUGAGCCUCGUCGCCCAGACGGCCGCCCCUUGCUCGUUUCACUCACUCGCUUCCCUCCCCGCUCCCUUGCUCCUCCCCACGACCUCCUCCCCACGCCCUCCUCCCCACGCCCUCCUCCCCACGCCCUCCUCACGCCCUCCUCCCCACGCCCUUGCCCCUCAACACCCCUCAUCCCUCGUGCUUGCGUUCCUGCUGGCUCUUUCUUGCCUGCUCACGCUGUUUUAUACGUACGAGAGGGCGGUGGCAGCGGGGGUGCGGCCCUCACAGGCCAUGUUCACGGCGCUCAUGGCGGCCCUCACAGCCGCCGGCCGCCCUGCAGACGCCGCCGCCGCCUUUGACGCCAUGCUGCAGGCGGGCCUCACUGCUGAUGUGGCGGCGUGCGGGGCGCUGCUGAGGGCGCUGGCGGAGGCGGGGGAGGCGGAGCGGGCGGAGGCGGAGCUGCAGGCGAUGCCGGCACGGCACGGCGUGCAGCCCAACGCCAUCGCGUACUCCGCUGUCGUCAUGGCCUACGGCAGGCAGGGCAUGUGGGAGGAGGCGGCACGGGUGUUUGAGGGGAUGCUGAGUGCGGGGUGUGAGGUGGACCUGCAGGCGUUCAACAUCCUCAUGGCGGCCUACGGGCUGCAGGGCCUCUCCCUGCCCGCCGCGCAGCUCUUCCGCCGCCUGCAGGCGCACGGGCUGCGCCCCGACGCCGUCACCUACAACACGCUCAUCCACGCCCUCUCCAAGGCCGGCCUGCCCGGCGCGGCCCUGCGCGCGCUGGAGCACAUGCGGCAGGGCGGGUGUGAGCCCGACCACGUGACGCGCUGCCUCGUGGCGCGCAUCCUGCACGAGGCCGGCCGCCACACCGACGCUGAACACAUGCUGCGCCCCCCCCCCCCCACCCCUUGCUGUGCCCUCGCAGCGAUAGCUCUGCAUGCACGCUCAAACGUGUCCUGGCCCAUGGCAGUUGUGCCAAUGAAUGACAUGGCGGGCGGAGUAGCACUUGGUUUAUUUGAAUGGCACUUACAGUACCUAGCUUGUUGA